UUUCUCCUUCGACUUACAGGAUUAGAGAGGAGAGGCCAUCAAGAAUGGUUCUAACCGUGACCGAGGACACACCAGCAGACAUGCUGGCCGGUAGCAUGGAGCUCCUGGUCCAGCUGCCUCGGGACCAUCAUCUUCAAACGCAGAGAGUCACGGUGCAACGAAGAAAAAAAAACAAAGAAAGAAAAAACUCUUGAAACGUCCAGUCACUUUUCCUGUCCACUCUGUUCGAGCAAACGUGCGACCUUCUCUACGGCAGUUCCACAAAAAGAGUCUCUGAAUCCGCGUAUGCCGAUGAUGGACCUCCUCGUGCAGAUCGCCACGGCUCACAAAUUGACAGCCUCCAGUUACACUUUGCAAGCGAUUGGAGAGCGUGGGAUGGUUCUACCUCAUCAACCCAAUACACCAAUUGGCGCGUUGGAUGCUCUUCAGGUAUUGUUUAUUGAUCACAAUCAAAAUUCUGCCUAUACACAGCGUUAUCCAAUCUAACUGUAAAUUUGAAUAAAUAUGUAUAUUCCAACUAUAAAUUUGAAGAGAGAUUGAUUGCAGCAAGCUAUCGUUCAAUUUAGUAAGAUACUAAAGUAUUAAGAUACUAAAGUAUCAAGUUACUGAAAAUAUUAGAGCC